GGGGGGAAGAUGCCGAAUAUGGCGGCGGCUGUCCUUCCUCGCGGAGGCGCUGGAGGAGAUGUUGAAGGGAUGCUGGCAGAAGGGGAACAAUCCGAAGUGUCACCGAAAGGAUCCAAAGAGCAAAGGAAGCUGAGGGUUCAAGAUGGAGGCAGCAGGCGAGAGGGGAGACGAAAGCAGAAGCCGGAGGGUGACUCUUGUAUGUCUCAGGGUGAUGAAAACCAAAUUCCCAGAGAGGAGAAAAAGCAUGAAUGUUUGGAGUGUGGAAAGAGCUUCAGUAACAGUAGCAGCCUUACCGUGCAUCAACGAACUCAUACAGGGGAGAGACCGUAUACAUGUUCAGAGUGUGGAAAGAGCUUCAGUCAGAGUAGCACCCUUAAGUCACAUCAAAGAUCUCAUACAGGGGAAAAACCGUAUACAUGUUCAGAGUGUGGAAGGAGCUUCAGUUGGAGUAGCAACCUUAAUUCGCAUCAACGAACUCAUACAGGGGAGAAACCGCAUACGUGUUUGGAGUGUGGAAUGAGCUUCGCUUACCGCAAUGCGCUUACUAGACAUCAACAAACUCAUCGAGGCAGCAAACCUUAUAAAUGCUGGGAAUGUGGCAAGAGCUUCAGUCGCAUUGACAACCUUUCCUCACAUGAAAGAGUUCAUAUAGGGGAGAAACGAUAUACAUGUUUGGAGUGUGGAAAGAGCUUCAGCCACAGUUCCAGCCUUACCUUGCAUCAAAGAUUGCACACGGGAGAGAAACCUUAUAAAUGUUUGGAGUGCGGGAAGAGCUUCUGUCAUGGUAGCCAACUCACGUCGCAUCAACGAACUCAUACAGGAGAGAAACCGUAUACAUGUUCGGAGUGUGGAAAAAGCUUCAGGAACAGGAGUCACCUUACAUUGCAUCAACAAACUCAUACAGGGGAGAAACCGUAUACAUGUUCGGAGUGUGGAAGGAGCUUCAGUCGCAGUAGCUCCCUUAAGUCGCAUCAACGAACUCAUACAGGAGAGAAACCGUAUACAUGUUCGGAGUGUGGAAGGAGCUUCAGGUGCAGUAGCUUCCUUACGUUGCAUGAACGAACUCAUACAAGAGAGAAACCAUAUACAUGUUCGGAGUGUGGAAGGAGCUUCAGUCGCAGUAGCUCCCUUAAGUCGCAUGAAAGAACUCAUACAGGAGAGAAACCGUAUACAUGUUCGGAGUGUGGAAAGAGCUUCAGCUACAGUUGCAGCCUUACCUUGCAUCAAAGAUUGCACACAGGAGAGAAACCGUAUAAAUGUUUGGAGUGUGGCAAGAGCUUCAGUUGUGGUAGCUUUCUUACAUUGCAUCAAAGAACUCAUACAGGAGAGAAACCAUAUACAUGUUCGGAGUGUGGAAGGAGCUUCAUUCAAAGUAGCUCCCUUAAGUCGCAUCAAAGAACUCAUACAGGGAGGAAAUCUUAGAAAUGUUUGGCCUAUAGAAAGAACUUAUGUGACAAGGACUCCCUUACUAAACUGAAAAGAACCUGUACAAGGGAAACAGAAAGGUUGGAGUGUGGGAAGAUAUUUAAUCAUAUCAAAUAACUCCUACAGAGAGUAAAACAAUGAUUGUGUUCAGAAUUAGAAUUUGCUUCCAUUAGAAUUUUUAUUCCUUUUAGUGGCUGUGUUGCAGAUUGUAUUUAUCACUUGUAUAUAGCGUUGCUUUAAUAUUUCUCCCAUCCCCAAAAUUUGUUAAUCUGGUGUGAAUUGAUCUGAUAUUUUUCAUAGACACAAAUGCAUUCACUGGUAUUCUGUUGACGUAUGAUGUAAAUGACGUAUCUUUGCAAUGAGCGUAUAGCCCCUCAGAUCGCAGCUCUAAUGAACAAAUGCUGUUGAAAAACAUAUACUGUAUAAUAAGCCUCAA